AUGAGUCAUCAACAACCUCAAGCCCCCGAAAAUGGCAACACCACAAAUGUUUCUGUAGAGAGAACACAGCAUGAGAUGACCAAUACCGUAGUGGAUGCAGAAAUGACACCUAUGGCUAAGGAUGAAGAAAAGCUAACUCUCGCCCAGGAACUCCAACUUUCCCACGGGAACUCGAGCUCGUCUGGCGAUGAAGAAGAAGCAGGGUGCGAGAAGAAAAAGAAAAAGGACGCAGCUAAGGAAGAGCUCGAGCACAAGAUAACAGAUGAGGAAUUAGAAGCAGGUAGGGAGCUUGAAAAAGAGUCCUUUCCAGGCAAUAAACCUGAUGAAGCAAUGCAUCUGGAGGAAAAGAACAGCAUUUUGGAGAAAAUAAAAGAGAAGCUUCCUGGUCAUAGAAAAGAUGAAGAAGUUGCACCCGAGUGCGCUCCGGAGAAGAAAGGGAUCCUGGAAAAGAUCAAGGAGAAGAUCCCCGGUUGUCACAAGGUCGGAGGCGAUGCUAGGAAGGAUGACUGGCAAUAA